CACGCUUUAAAGUUCAGAAAUCAAGCAAAGCAGAUUAUCGUAGGACUGAACUAACAACAAAGGGUUCGAACGACGAAUAUUCAGCCAGGGAAUCAACGUCAUUCUCCAGAGAUUGGAAGAAAGUUAAGCUGAAUUGUACGUUCCGCAUGUUAAAAUUCUGUGAACGAAUUCCAAUGGCUCCUGUGUCUAAAAAUACCACUAAACUUGACGCGGCUCCGUCUCGAGGUAACACUGCACAAAUAAAGGAGUUUGCGGAGACUACUAUAACUAUUGAGAAAGAAACUACGGGACUUGGUUUGGGAGUCGUUGGUGGAUCCGACACAUAUCUGGGUGGUGUGGUGAUAAACGUUAUUGAACCUGGAGGCGCGGCAGCUAAGGAUGGAAGAAUUGCAAUUGGAGACCAAAUUAUCAUGGUAAACGGCGAAAACUUGGAGCAAAUGAACCAUAAAAAUGUGGUUUCUGCUUUGAGGUUAGCUCCAUCUCCAGUGAAGUUAACCAUUCUUCGAGAGAAUCCCGAGAAGCUUUUCACUUCUGUUGAAGAGCCAUCGACCAUCUUUGAAGUGAAUUUGGUGAAGUCCUUUACUGAAUACCUGGGCUUAAGUAUUCUUGGAAGAAAGGACAAGAAAGGUCUAUUUGUUACGUAUGUGUCGGAGGACAGUAUCGCAUACAGUGAGGGUUCGAUCCACCAGGGAGACAGAAUUCUGGAGGUGAAUGGAGUGAAUCUUAAGAAAACAACACAGGAAGAGGCCUGCAAAGUUUUACAGCGUGCUUACGGGACUGUCAGGCUGAAAAUUGGACGAAUUCCUUCUCUGCACUCCUCUCUUUGCUCACCCAAAAGCAAAUCUUCCCACAUAAACCACGCCCUUGAGGAUGAUGGAGGUCUCAGCAAGGAGUUUCGUCGCUGGAACAGCGUGGACUCAGUGCAAAAGAAAAAACGCAAAAUCCCGCGUGAUGUUAAGAACCAGGUCCCCGCCAGAAGACGCUCAGUAAGUUGCAGAGAUUACAGCCAGGCCUCGGAAAUUGACCUUGUUGGACUGGAGCGAGCUUCCUCUGAGCAUGACCUUAGAAAAACCAAUUUACCCAAGCAAGGUAAAAGAACUAAGGAACCUCGAGAGAGAUUCAGAUACGUGUAUCCAGAGCGGAUUGAACUGUCGUUCAACGAGCAAAUCAAUCGAGGAUCUUAUCAAAGAGAAGAUUACGUAUGAAAAGAAGUCGAAACACUAUCCAAGUGUAACAGAACAAGGA